AUGACAUCACCCAAACCAGUUGCCCUAGUUGUAGGCGCCUCACGGGGCCUAGGCCGUCAAAUCGCCAUUGACCUGGCAAAGAACGACUACACAGUCGUCGUGGCAGCCAAAACCACAUCCAACGCCUAUGAGACAGUCCCGUUCCCACCAGACCCCAACUCCAACAAAUCAACAAUCGCCACUGUUGAGCGUGAGAUCAAAGAAGCCGGCGGCAAAGCCUUUGCGAUCCAGGCUGAUGUCCGCGAUGUCUCCCAGGUUCAGAACAUGGUGAAAGAAACUGUGCGUCUUGCGGGAAGACUAGACGUCCUUGUCUACAACUCCGGCGCAAUCUGGUGGUCGUCUGUCGCGAAUACGCCCACGAAGCGGUUUCAGCUUAUGCAGCGGGUCAACCCUGAGGGGCUGUAUGCUAGUGUACAGGCAGCGCUGCCUGAGUUUGAGAGGAAUGGGUGGAAGGGACGUAUUAUCGUUGUGUCGCCGCCUAUCUAUUCGAGGUUUUUUAGGGGGAAGACGGCUUAUGCUAUGGGCAAAGUCGCGAUGAGCGUUCUUACCCGAGGUCUUGCGAUGGAUUUUGUGAGAGAGGGUCAUACGGAUAUGGCGAUUACCAGUCUUUGGCCAGCUACGAGCACCGAAUCAGCUGCAACGGAAGUGACUACGUCGAAAGACCCUUCUCGUAAAGCCGACCUUAGGAAGCCGACUGUCUUCUCCGACGCCGUUAUUGGCAUUCUGAAUACGCCUUCAACGACCGUGAACGGAAUGUUGGCGCUCGACGAGGACUUCUUGCGCCAAUACUGCGGAGUCUCGGAUUUCUCGAAGUACUCGGUGGUGCCGGGUUCUAAUCCACGACGCAUCAUGCCAAAGGACCUGCCAGUGCUGGAAGUAGCCGAACAGGAUGACGAGGGGAUGAGGAUGGACAGUACGAAGCUGCGGGCGAAGAUGUAG